AUGUGGGGACGCGUGCGGGGCGGCGGCGGCUUCGGCCUCGCGGCCCGGCUGCUUGGGAUGGCGGCGCGGCCGCACGGCGGGGCCCAGGGCAGGACCCACGGCAGGGCCCGCAGCAAACAGGAACUCUUCAGCACAAGCAGUGUGCUUUCUAAAGACAAAGAUAAAUCUGCUGCUUCCAAAGACAGCACGCAUGAAGGGGCAGCGAAGAGGAAGGAGGAUGGAGCAGAAACACCAAAGCAGCAGCUCUUAGACAUUAUUGGUAAUAUGAAGGUGGAAGUGAGCUACAAGAAGAAACUCCAACAACUAAAAGCCAGUGAGAGCAAGAAGCAAGCCACGAAGAAGCGGGAAAGCCUGGACAUUGAAGGUUCUGUGCCUCAAGGAAUUACAGAAGACACCCAACGAGGCAAGCCUUUAAAUCCAGAGCUGGUGAAGGCUGCUUCUGCAGUUGCAUCUUCCCUUCCAUGCAACAAGAAACAGACAGUAUCAGAGCUCCUUGCACAACUAAGAAGACAUGAAGAAACCACAGAUAAACAGAAAAAGGGUGGAACUAUUAACAUACGCAAUGUUAUUUCAGAAAUGACAGUUAAAAGGCAGUCCCCAGCCCAGAGGGGUGCGAGGAUAUUUGGUCGCAUUUCCUUGCAGUUGGAUGAGGAUGGUCAAAGAAUAAGGCGUGAAAGGUCAUCAGCUCUGUCUAUGGACUCCAGAAGAAGUCUCAAAGUAGGAAAGAGGCUUAAUAUAUUCACUAAGGCUUCUACAGAACAAGAGCACGCACUGGAAACAGUAUCUUCACCAACAAUUUGGGAUCUGGAGUUCGCAAAGGAGGUUGCAGCAGUAACUGCGCAGCCUCCCCGAAAUGGUUUUGAGGAGAUGAUCCAGUGGACUAAAGAAGGAAUACUGUGGGAGUUCCCAAUUGACAAUGAAGUUGGGAUGGAUGAUGAUGCUGAAUUUCAUGAACAUAUUUUUCUGGAGAAACACCUCGAAGGCUUUCCCAAGGAAGGACCUAUCCGCCACUUCAUGGAACUAGUCAUUUGUGGGCUUUCAAAAAACCCAUACCUCAGUGUUAAGCAGAAGGUUGAACAUAUUGAGUGGUUUCAGAAGUAUUUUGAGGAAAAGAAGGAACUUCUUCAAGAGAUUUGAGAUUUGGGAAGGUGCUUACCCUGGAAAUGAAGAAUCGUUAUGUCAAGGGGUGUGAUUUCUUAUGGAUGGAAAUACUGUCAGUGCAUAAUGAUCGUGU